AUGUAUUUAUCAGUUUUUUUUACUUUAAUUUUGAGUUUUGUAACAAAACUAACAUAUUGUAACGAACGUCCAGUGAUUGGAAUAUUAACACAAGAAGUUUAUUGGUCUACUUUUAAAAAUUUAAUAACAUUUAAUAACUCGUAUAUAGCUGCAUCUUAUGUUAAGGCAAUUGAAGCUUCUGGAGGUCGAGUUGUACCAGUUUUUACCAAUAGGACUACUGAAUAUUACACGGAUGUAGUGAAAAAAGUGAAUGGUAUUUUAGUCCCAGGAGGGAGUCCCAAGAGUGCGUUUAAUAUGACAUUUGGAAUCAGUCAAUCAAUAAAUGAAAUUUUUCACAUUGCAAAACAUAUAAAUGAUGACAGAGAUCGAUUUCCAAUACUUGGAAUUUGUCUAGGAUUUGAACUUCUUUUAAUUGCAUCCAUAGGUGGAAAAAAUCCUCUGAUACGCUGUAAUUCUAACAACGUGAAUUUACCACUAAAACUAAUACCAACAAUGGAAGAAAAAAGUGUGUUAUUCAAAACAAUGCCAAAGGAUAUUCGAAACAUAUUACUUACAGAACCAGUCACAGCAAACCAUCAUGAUAACUGUGUAACAAAAAAGAACUUUACGUCUAUGAAGUUAGAUCACUUUUGGAAUCCCAUAACAGUAAAUAAAGAUGAAAAUAAUUUAACAUUCAUAUCCACAGUAGAAGCUAAAAAUUAUCCAUUUGUGGGAUUACAAUUCCAUCCGGAAAAAAACGCUUAUGAAUGGGAAAGAAAUGACCCUCAUAGUUGGUCAGCAGUAUAUUCAGCACGCUAUUUUUAUGAUUGGUUUGUCAAUGAAUGUCGUCAAAAUAAGCAUAGAUAUAUAAAAAAUAGUAUGCUAGAAAAUGAACUAAUUUAUAAUUAUCCUAUUACAUAUAUUGGAAGAUUAAAUUCUGUUUUUGAACAAGUAUACUUAUUUGAUGAAUAA